GUGGGGGAGGAGUGGUGAGUAGCUAGGACAAUGUCUGGGUUUUCAUUGAUGUACACAAAAGCAGAUUCACUACUGUACAGUUCAGCCUUCUAGAAUCCUGAGCAAGGAUUUUCCCCUUCCUAUAAAAAAUUCAUAUAAAAAUUAAAUUAUAGUAGAUUUUUUUUCCCUAAGUAUAUUUUCCCUUUCAAACAAUACGCGCUUGAGUUACUACAUAUAAAAUAGAUUUAACUGGAGCAAUAGGAACUUCUGAAAGUUUACAUACUUUUGUCAUUUCUUUAUAUACUAUUUCAGUAAACAUUCAUCAGAUAUCAGUAUAUCAGUUAGAAUUAGGUUCAGCAACAUAUAGAAGAGAAAACUUAAAAAGAAAACAAAACAAAACCAGUAGUAGCUUAGAAGGUGAUUUCUCCCCCUGGUAAAAGAUUCCUAGAGGUUAAAUAGUCCAGGGCUGGUACAGUAGCAUCAAGGUUAUUAGAGCCCUGCUUUUGUCUUCUCUGUAAAACUGUAGUUGGAUCUUGUACUCAAAACCCACGAUCACUGCCCAUGCCCACGUAGAAGAUAGGAGAAAAGUGUGUCUUUCCAUUUUAUGGCCAGACCUUUAUCAUAUGGCCUCUUCCUGCUGCCAAGGAGUCUGGGAAAUGUAGCAACAUGGCCAGCAAAAUACAGGGAUUUCGGGACUGAAAAGGAAAAGUCGAAUGGAUCUUGGAAGAUUCUGCCAGCAGAGUCUGCCCUACUUGAGGCCCCCUGAUUUGGCAAGUCUGCCAUGGGGACUCGUCCAGGGACAAAGGAGGCUUGGAGCUGAGCUGUGUUAUUUGGCGCUGGUGGAGGACCACAGCCAUGAUGAGAAGUCUGGUCAAGAGGCCUGUGCAAAGAAGGAUGCUUGUAGAAUCCAUUUCCAUUCUGCCCAAAGCCAUCUAUUUUAUGUCUAAUAAUAAACAGGGAUGUGUGCAGCCACAUUCUUGGGUUGGGCUUACUGCAGGGACAGAGGCAGGGUGGCCACUGCCGCAGGCGUGGACGUCCCUGAGAAGAUGAAGAGCCAGAUCCCCGUGGUGCUUCUGGCCUGUGGCUCCUUCAACCCGAUCACCAACAUGCACCUGCGCUUGUUUGAAGUGGCCAGAGAUCACCUGCACCAAACAGGGAUAUACCAGGUGAUCCAGGGCAUCAUCUCACCUGUCAGUGACCACUACAGAAAGAAAGACCUGGUGGCUUCCCAUCACCGAGUGGCCAUGGCCCGGCUGGCCCUGCAGACGUCCGACUGGAUCCGCGUGGACUCCUGGGAGAGUGAUCAGGCGCAGUGGAUGGAGACGGUGAAGGUGCUGAGGCAUCAUCACCAGGAACUGCUCAGAUCUUCACCCCCGAUGGAAGCCCAGAACGCUGGCAAGACACCAACAGCCCCUGCAGCUGUGCCUGAACUGAAACUCCUCUGUGGGGCAGACAUCUUAAAGACCUUCCAUACCCCCAACCUCUGGAAGGAUGCACACAUCCGGGAAAUUGUGGAGAAGUUUGGCCUAGUGUGUGUGAGCCGGGCGGGUCACGACCCCAAAGAGUACAUCUUAGACUUGCCCAUCCUCCAGCAGUACCAGCACAAUAUUUACCUGGCCCAGGAGCCCGUGCAGAAUGAGAUCAGUGCCACAUACAUCCGGCGAGCGCUGAGUCAAGGGCAGAGUGUGAAGUACCUGCUGCCUGACGCCGUCAUUGCCUACAUUAAGCACCACCGCCUGUACACCACGGACAGUUCCUGGAAAGACAGAAGCAGCCAGCGGAGCAAAGGAAACACAAGCUAGGACACACACACACACAUACACACACACCCCUCUCUGAGCCACGUCUCCACACCCCCUUCCCCACAACCCUGCCAUUCAGGAUUUGGUUUUGCUUGGAUGUUUGGCUUUUACAUUUCUGCCAUCAUAAAAUUCCGUCUCCGUGUAGCUAGCAGGUCUUUAGGAUUAGGCCACUGGAAGAGGAGACCCUCUUAUUUUGUGUAAAUGGAAAUUAUGGGAUGCACGCUGAAUAUCGUUCUAAUGCUGGACCCCUGAGGGUCAGGUCAGAAUUGCUGGAGGACGUUUUUUAAAGGACCAAGUACAGCCUGCUGGUCUAGAUUGGCAGGAUGUGACAGGAUGCUAACUACUGACCCUUGCUAACAUCCUUGUUUCAAAUGGAAUCAUCCUAAAUGAGGGGUCAAAAAUUUGCAACCAGUCAGGCACCACCAGCAGCUCACACCUGUAAUCACACCUACUCCAGAGGCUGAAAUCUGAGGAUCCCAGUUUGAAGCCAGCCCAGGCAGAUGAAUCCAAGGGACAGUUAUCUCUGAUUCACCAGCAAACAAACAAACAAACCAAAAAAAACAAGUGAAAGUGCAGCUUAAGUGGUAGAACCACCAGCCUUGUGCAGAAAAGGCUAAGCAAGUCCAUGUGAGGCCCCAAGUUCAAGCUUCAGUACCAGCAUACAAAGAAAGAAAAAGUAAAGAAAUUGGAGACAGCCUUUUUUUUUUUUUAAAACUUUCAUUGCACCCUGUCUUAUCAAAACAUUGUCUGCCUGCAUACUAGCCUUCCAUAAAACUUGAACAGACCUCUUUCUAAGUCAGACCAUCAAGCAAUACUUUGGAUACAAGUCAUUUUUAACAUUGUUAUACUCUAUAAAUGCCAGGGCAUCUGACUUCCAGAUUUCCCAGAAGGAACUGAGGUAAACCAGAUGUCAGAUAUCUGUUGUACACUCUUCCCUGCAACCCCUCCUCUCUUUCUCUUUCUCAAUGGUUUAUUGCUGCCUGCCUGCCUGUUUGAAUAUUGGUAAAGGGAUAAAUAAUAAAGUGACAUCAAAAAGUA